AUGGCUACUAAUUAUUUGCAUGUUGACGGCAUACUUUUCCCCAAAUAUGUACAAAGUACUGAAAACUUGAAGUUCUUGCGGGAUGAAUUUGUGGUGAGGGAUGGAGAUGUCAUUAACCUCACUUACCCAAAGUCAGGAUCACACUGGAUAAAGGAAAUCCUCAGUCUCAUCCACUCCAAGGGAGAUCCCAGCUGGGUCCAGUCCGUGGCUAUCUGGGAUCGCUCACCAUGGCUAGAAACAAAGGAAGGGUAUGAAAAUGUCAAGAUCCAGAAAGAUCCACGCAUGUACUCAUCACACCUCCCAAUUCAAUUCUUUCCCAGAUCAUUCUUCAAUUCCAAGGCAAAGGCUAUUUAUGUAAUGAGAAAUCCCAGAGAUAUUCUUAUUUCGAGUUUUUAUUUCAACAAAGCACUGACAUUUGCAAAAGAUCCAGAGUCAUUUGAGCAAUACUUUGAAUGGUUCAUCCAAGGAAAUGUAAUGUUUGGAUCAUGGUUUGACCAUAUUCAAGGCUGGCUGUCGAUGAAAGGAAAAGAGAAUUUCCUGAUCAUUUCAUAUGAAGAGCUGCAACAGGACACAAGGGCAAAUGUAGAGAGGAUCUGCCAGUUCUUGGACAAGAAGCUAAGCCCAGAAGAACUCAACUCAGUCCUGAAGAACAUAUCCUUCGAAGCCAUGAAAAAAAAUAGAAUGAGUAAUUUAUCCUUAGCGCCAAAUGACUUUAUAGAUCACAGCAAAGGGAAACUGAUGAGAAAAGGAGUCUCUGGGGACUGGAAAAAUCACUUCACGGUGGCGCAGAGUGAAAUCUUUGAUCAAAUAUUCCAAGAGAAGAUGGGGAGACUCCCUCAGGGGCUUUUCCCAUGGGAAUAA